CAGGACAGUGGCGGAAGAUAUCGCAGACAAGCGGAAUAUAUGGAUGAUUCCCUGGGUAUCCUUGGAAUCCUGAUCAACAUCACCAGAGACCUCUAUGGAAUUGACAUCAACAUGAUCAUCAAUGACCCAUCUACAAUCAACACCAUCUGUACCAACGUCAAGGAGAAUUUCCUGAGGCCAUCUCUUCAAGAUCUCCUCUCUAAGUUUGGGGCUGAACUGAUGAGUGCCUAUCUACCUCGGGCAGCUCCGAUCUGUGCAAACUGGCAAGGCUUCCUUGAAGGUGCAGGCAUCGAUUCCACGUCGCCUGUAUACAGCAUUAUCCAAGAUGGCGCUCGUAUCGGAUCUCAGGUGGUCGGAUAUGACGACAGAGAGGAUCUUUGUCAACAUCUUGAGCAAGCACUAUCGGUGCAAGAAGAUAACAACGCCGCAAGGAGAACGUUCUCCAUGGACAUCAUCUCCGAAAUCUUCGAUACCGUGGAGGAAGCUGACAGAUGUACUUCAUCGGCUAAUGACGCCAUUGACAAUGUCAUCCUGCCCCUUAUACGUGUGAACAUACCCGCCUAUGUGCUUUCGAACGAUGACAUUCUUGCUUAUACCGGCAUUGAUGGUGGAGUGGCAGCUGUCUGUACAGCAAUGGAGAACGCUGUCACGUAUGAAAUAGACCUCCCAGACCCUGUUCCAGUCCAGCUCAUCCCUGAGACCACCCUGACCGUUGAGUUCUUCUUGAAUGCUGUUGGGGGCAUCUGGCAACAAGACCGACUCAUCGACUCCCUUGCCUUUGUGUGUACAGACGUCUUACCUGAGCUGGAAUCGAUGGUACCCGACUUUGAGUCUUAUGUUAAAGAUUCCUGGGAUUAUAAGCCAGUUUGCGGGAGGAUCCGCGAAGCGGCUAGUAACUUGGAGGAAUUUGACGCGACGGAAUUCUGUAAAGACCUUACCAAGAUAGUCAACGACUUGAUCUACGGCCCGGGAACUGAUGAAAGGGUUCGCAGACAGGAAGACCCAUACAUGUAUAUCCUAGACAUCAUUGCGAAUAUCACCAAAGAACUCUACAACAUCGACAUCAAUGACCCGUCGACCAUCUGUCCAAACAUCGCCCAGUUCCUGGACAGGUCCAUACCUGAUAUCAUAUCGGAAUUCGGUGCUAAGCUGAUGGUUGUCUAUCUACCCAAUAUAGAUGGUAUGCUCUGUGAAGAUUGGGACCAGACACUUGAGUCGUUUGGGGUAAAUUCUACUUCGGCGUGGUACCAGCUUGUCCAGAACGGUGCUCGUAUUGUAUUCCAGGCUGUAGGAUAUGAGAGCAGACAAGCUCUCUGCCAAGAAAUCAACAGAGUACUAGCCAUAACAGGAGAUGAUAACGAAGAGCGUCAGACUUUUGCCAGGAAUAUCAUCGAGAGCAGUUUUGAGAUUUAUACAAACAACGACAGGUGUUCCAUGUACUUCAAUGACGCCAUCGAUGACAUCAUCGAACCAAUCUUUGAGAUUGAAAACCUUCAGAUUAAAAUCAGCGAUUAUACCAUUUAUCGUUACACCGGAUACAUGGGCGUGGAAGGGGUCUGCGAGGCAAUGGAGACAGAUUUCACGAAGCUUUCUACUAGCACUGUAACGAUGACUUUGACAGGCGAGUAUCUAAACGGAGAGAUUCUUGUGUUCACUGAUGAUCUGAAGAACCAGGCGUCUCCUCGCUUCAAGAAGCUUGAAACGUUGUACUGUGGAGUGAUGGGGAAUCAUCUUAGGCGAGAGUUAGGAUCGGACCUUCGAGGUAUGGACUGUAAAGCCACGUCUUUCAGCGCUGGCAGCAUUAUCGCUGAGUUGGAGAUUGAGAUUCAUGCCUAUACUCAGGAUGAUGCUGAUUCUCUGGCUGAGGAUGCGGUAGACCUGUCUACCAGCGGCACUCUCGUCCUCUCCUCCGAAGGGGAUACUUUAACAGUGUCCUCACUUCAAGGAUCAGGAUCAGGAUCAGCUGGCCAAGGGGGUGAUGGUGGCUUGGCUAAGGGGUCCAUCAUAGGCAUUGCUGUGGCUGCGACCGUCGUGUUCUUGGUGGUCGCCGUCAUCAUCAUCGCCGUCGUCGUGCACUCCAAGGGAAAAGGCACAAGGGAUACUGAGCGAGGAGUAGGAUUAAAGAACCCGGGAUUCUCCAAAGAUGAGCACCAAUAUAAGAAAUAACUGUCUCGGAUUGAUCUUGGCUGCAGCACAUCACUCCAGAAAGAAAUUCAUGGACGGAUCAUAACAAGCAGAAUUGCACCCUCAAGGGCUUUCAUCAUUGAAUGCUAAUUUAAAGCUCUUCAUGUAGUUGGCUGAGCAUAAUGGUACGUUCUGCAUAAUGUAAAACAUAUAUAUUACUCAGAUCACACCUCUAUUCCGUUGGUGUUUGAACUCAGAUAAUGCUUUUAUUUUCUUUGGGAGGCCUUUGAUAUGAACUGGAAUUAUAAUUCGCUGAAAUGAAAUGUACAUCGAUUAUCAUAUUUAUUGAUUUGCAUUUUUUUGUUU